CCGACUUGUACGAGCAAAGUCCGAGAGCAAAAUAUGUCAGCUGUCAAUUUCACUACACGCAUCGACGCUUGUUUGAGUUUGACAAUCGAAAAACACCAAUGAUUGUAUGAGUUGUUGAAGAUUUCUCAUAAUAUUUAAUUAUUUUUAAAUAAUAUAGUCAUUCGUUUUCCAUAAUUAUGCUUCGUAGCUCCUAAUUCUAUCUACUAGUCAAUAUCCAAAUUUAUUGUUUAAUGGGUUCUCGUAUGUGCGGCUCCAAAUGUCUCUUUAUAUGUUUGGGACUAACUUGUAUCGUAGGUUGUUAUUUGGCCUUACUUCCUAUAGAAAACGAGAAGCUGCCAUCACCUAAACCAGUUCAAACACAUAUCUCAAGUUUGUCUCAAAAGGAGCGAUUAGCAGUAAUAGUACCAUUUAGAGAUCGAUUUGAAGAGCUUCUAGAGUUCGUCCCGCAUAUGCACGACUUUUUAAACAGGCAAGGGAUCCCAUUCCACAUAUUUGUGAUCCAGCAGAAGGAUAACAACCGUUUCAACCGAGCUUCUUUAAUUAAUGUGGGUUUUUUACAUACGAAGAAAGACUUUGACUAUAUAGCGAUGCAUGACGUGGAUUUAUUACCUAUGAAUGAUGAUUUGAAGUAUACAUAUCCAGCUGCAAAUCCUGUUCACAUAUCGUCACCGCAGACGCAUCCUAACUAUCACUAUGCAACAUUUAUCGGAGGGAUCUUGCUGAUCACACGGGAGCACUUUGAGCUGGUGCACGGCAUGUCCAACAACUAUUGGGGCUGGGGGCUGGAGGACGACGAGUUCUACCUGCGGCUGAAGGAUGCCGGGCUGCAGGUGGAGCGGCCUGCGGGGAUUACCACUGGGACGGCAGACACUUUUAAACAUAUCCACGACAAGACGUACCGCCGUCGCGACCACCGCAAGUGCUACAACCAGCGCGAGGCGACCCGCCGCCGCGACCGCGACACCGGCCUGCACGACGUCACGCACCGCGUGGUCAGCGAGCACGCCGUGACGGUCGACGGGCUGGACGCCACGGUCGUGACCGUGCAGCUGCUCUGUGACGAGAAGAGGACGCCGUGGUGCCAGUGUCCUAAUACUGUUGUUAAGAAACCAGAGGCUAAGGCGAAGAGUUAAUAUGACGACUUCCAUGCUCAUAUUUAUACAUAACACUCAUAACUCAUAAUGAAUACUAUUCUCAUUGGCAUUUUGACACACUGAGAACUUAAGUUUUGUUUUUACAUCCCGAAUACUAAAAGGGACGAUAUAUGUGCGUAGCGCAUAUUGUUAAAGUGAGAGAGAUUGUUAGAAUACUUCGCGUUCUGUAUGCUAUGUAUUAUUAUUAGAGUGAGAUAAAUAUGGUUAGAUUGGUCCGUUUACCAAUCUUACUGCUUUUGUACCGAUUGUGCGUCGCGCCCUAAUAUCGCUAGAUUUUCUAUUGAAAAUGACAGAUUGAUUCUACAAAUUGGGGCAUUGCAAGUCUUAUUUUAGUGUUUUUGUUUAAAAACACUUUAAAACAACCGCAUUCGAUAAUGUCACGAUGGACGGGCUGGACGCCACGGUGGUGACCGCGGAGCUGGGCCGUGACGAGGAGCGGACGCCGCGGUGUGUCCUAAUACUGUCGUUAAGAAGCCAGAGGCUCAGGCGAUGAGUUAGGGAUUACUCAGUUUUUUUUAGAACAAUUGACUCUUAUUAGUCUUACAUUUAACAAAAAAAUUAAAAGCCUUAAACAAAUUUUACGGCUUACCUCACGUGUUUAGAGUCACUCGCGCGACAUGUUUCGGAGAGACUAGGUCUCCAUUUUCAAGCACAAACAGUGCGAGCAGCGGUCGCGACGGCCGGCUCGUGCUGCUCGCACUCGGUACGCGAAGUGCGCGUCUCGCGACAGUUUAAAUUAGAAAAUUAAAGCCGUAUUUUGGUUUGGCCCUCUCAGACCGUAAGCUAUUGCAGUUUAAUGUAAUGUGAAGUUUAAAGUUAUUAAAACUAGCCAAAGCGUAGCCAUAUAUUCGGUCUGAAAUAGUCAAAUUGGUGUAAAAUUAUGAACACGUAGUUAAUUUAAGUAUCUUGACGACAACUAUUUGUUAGCGAUUGGUUAUUGGUUAGUACCUAUUAAAAUGGAAAGUUUUGGACACCGUAUUAAAUGUUACUUAUAUCUUGUUAAGUGCAGUAGGUUCAGAAAACGGAUUUCAUAAUAGUCGUAGCGUUUUUUUGGAUCACAAUACAAUUAAUUGGCAAUCUCAAUCAUACGAAUCCUCAGUUUUUGACAUUCGCUCGAUAGAAAAUAAUCACGAACUGCACUUAAAAACUUCAACAAAAUAUGCACUAAAACUAAAAAUAUGAAAAUUGCUUCUAAAAAUCGCCAAUAUCAUGUUUGAGGGAACGUAUCGAUUACUUUUUUAUUUAUUUCAACGUACUAAAAUUAAAAAAAACAUGAUACCCGCACGGGCACGCGCUUCCAUCUCGCUCACACAUACGCUCAGUGAGAGUGAGGGAAGUACACGAACUUACUGCACCCUCAAAUGUUCUUACUUUUAUACAUUGUUUUAUUUAUACUGUAUCUUUAUAUAUAACCCUGCGACAUUCCAUGGUAAUUAAAGGAUUAAAUACCCAUUGCUAUAAAAUAGUUAUGUAAAUUCUAUAAAAAAAAAUUGUAAGGUCUUCCUCACAUGGGGCAACCCAAAAAUGGCUACUUGUGAAGUCGCGUCACGUUGCCCCGUACGAGAAAUGCCCAACUAGUCAAAACUACUUUUACUGCACGUAUAUUUUGCUCUAUCUGUGCCCGGCGCUAUGCUGGCGCCACAUACAGGGAUCUCUGGAAUCACAGCCAUAGAAAUAACAAAAUCAACGCCAUCUAUUUUGACACUUGCUUGAUUGCGUUGGGCUGUUAUUUCUGCCUUUCUGUUUCUAUAAACUGCUAUAUAUGGUAUAUGGGCGAGUCAACAUUUUGACCGACACAAAUCCGUCCACAACUUUUAGACUUCGUUGUAAGAUUACAAUUUUAAAUAAUAUUUGUUUCAGUUUAUGGUGUAUGUGAAAACAUUCAUGGCCCCGACUGUUAAACCUAACAAACAGAAACUAUGUAUAUUAGAAGCCCUAUUACUCAGUAACUCACGAGACUGAAUGAAUUUCCAAUAUAACUUGUAACUCUGGUAGCUGUUUAAGAAGUGUAACGCUCUUACGGUAGAUGUCGCCAGGGUCCCCUAGACCCAUAUGGUGGAAAGAUUCACUGGCUAUGGAUGAGGUCUUGGUGGCUCAGUUGGCAGAAGUUAGCGCUAAAGUAUCGACCCAGAGGCCGUUCAGGCCGUGAGUUCAGGUCUGCCUUAAGCAGUAGUUUUUCCACAUUUAAAUUUAUUCUAAACUUCAGAGACAUUUUGAGUACCUAACGCAAGAGACAUUCAAAACUGUCGGUCAGAAAGUUGAUUCGCCCAUUCGACUUUUUUAUAUCCAUACAAAACAUACGUCAAUACGUAUGUUUUGUAUGGAUAUAAAAAAGUCGUAAUUCUAUCUAUAGGUACUAUAAAUAAUUAUACUUAUAUAACUCAUCAGUACAGUACCAUCACUCAAACGGACUGAACUUCCCUUGCAAUUAAUUGUGAUUUAAGCAAUAAUUACUCUGUUGUAGUUUUAUGUACAUUUUGUAAAUAUUUUAUACAGUAAUGACAAUAAACAUUUAUUUGAUCCGA